GUUUGAAUAUUUUUUAACACGACUAAUCAAAAGAGCAAUUCACAUUUUUGUUUAAAGGAAAUGAUACGAAUCGAAGAUGAAGAAUUUGAAGAAGUUCUUAGUUAUUCGCUUCUUAGAAACGAUCUUCAAACUCUACACAAAGUUGGAAAACCCGAUGCCAACAAGCUUUUAACUUUAAACGAUGCAGCUCGAAAAAGGGAACAAAAACGUUCGGAACGAGCAAAACUCAAAUCGGCCAAUGGAGACCAUGUUGAGAUUCACGAUCAAUUCUACAGAGAUCACAAGUUGCUUCUGACCUUGUUUCGAGUAUUGGCUGUUAUGCCAGUCCUAAGAUCAGAACCGGGACGGAUAUCUUUCUCGUGGAGGUCGGGAGCAACAAUGUAUGCCAUAUUGUUUUGGUGCCUUAUGACCAUUGUCGUGCUGUUCAUUGGACAAGAACGAGUUCAGAUUUUGAUAACAACCAAAGAUUUCGACGAAUAUAUUUAUGCCAUUUUAUUCGUAAUUUAUUUAAUUCCACAUUUUUGGAUUCCAUUUGUUGGCUGGGGAGUUGCUUCUCAAGUCGCUAAAUACAAAACAUCAUGGGGAACAUUUCAGCUCCGAUUUUAUAAAAUCACGGGGACAUCUUUGCAAUUUCCAAAUUUAAAAAUUACAAUCUACAUUAUAUCAGUUGGAUGUUUGUUAUGCGCAAUGUUGUUUUUGUGGCUGCUAAGUAUUUUUCUAGAUGGAUAUCCGCUUUGGCAUACGAUAGCUUAUUAUCAUAUUAUCACGAUGCUUAAUAUGAAUUGUGCUUUGUGGUAUAUUAAUUCAAGAGCUAUUAAAACAGCAUCACAUGCACUAGCAAAGUGCUUUAAAGCGGAUGUCUCCAGAGAAUGUCAUGCUUCAAUUAUAUCCCAAUAUCGUUUUCUCUGGCUUAACUUGAGUGAGCUUUUGCAGUCGUUAGGAAACGCGUAUGCAAGAACAUAUUCCACCUAUUGCAUUUUUCUAUUUGUAAAUAUCGCCAUAGCCGUUUAUGCAGCCUUUGCUGAAAUCAUCGACAAAACUAAUAUUUUUAGCAUCUCUUACAAAGAAAUGGGCUUCAUAGUUGAUGCAAUCUAUUGUUCUGGAUUAUUAUUUAUUUUCUGCGAUUGUUCCCACAAUGCAACUUUGGUCGUGUCGAAAGGUGUCCAAGAGACAUUGUUGUCAGUUGACUUGAGAAAUGUCGAUGCCCAAGCUCAAAAGGAAAUUGAUUUAUUCAUACUUGCCAUUGAAAUGAAUCCGGCUAUUGUAAGUUUGAAGGGUUAUGUCAAUGUUAACAGAGAACUAUUGACCUCUUCGAUUUCAACUAUAACAAUAUAUCUUCUGGUAUUAAUUCAAUUUCGAUUUACUCUGGAUCGGGGAGGAGAAGAGGACUAUUAAGGCGGAAUUUGUAUAUAAUUUUUGUGUAACUUCAUUUUGUAAAUAUUAAAACACGCACGAAACAAAAGAUAUAAUAAGCACUUCAACGAAA